UAAAUAAUUAAUUGGAAAUGUUAGACGAUAGAAUUGCAUUAGUAAUGAAUUCAGAAAACGAGAAUAAAGGAAAUUUAUAUGUUGGAGGAUAUGAAUCUUUGUAAAGGUUAACUCAAAAAAGAAUUGGUGCUGUCUUAUCUGCAGUUUGGACAGGGCAUUUCAAACCUGAUAAGGAUUUGAAGCAUCUGGUAAUAGAGGCUGAUGAUUGCCCUACUUAUGAUAUGAGUAAACAUUUCGAAAAAGCAGUGUAAUUUAUUCAUGAAAAUCUUUAAACAACAAAUGUUUUAGUCCAUUGUGCAGCAGGAAUAUCAAGAUCAGUUUGUUUGAUAAUAGCUUAUAUGAUAAAAAUCCAUAAAAUGAAACCAUAGGAAGCAUUAAUAAAAAUCAAGAAAACAAGACCUUGGGCAGGACCAAAUGAUGGAUUUACACAAUAAUUGGAAAAAUAUUACAAUGAAGUAAUGGAAGGAAAAUAGUGAUAAUUUAUAGAUUAUAU